GUUUGUGUGAAGAGAGAAGGUUCAUGUGCGCAGUAUGGUAUGAUGGCCACGGAAGACAUACAUGAAGGAGAAGUCCUCUUUCAGAUCCCUAGAUCCUGCCUGAUCUCUCCAGAUACUUGUGCCAUUUCUAAUUGCCUUAAAAAAGAAGUUGAGUGUAUACAGGGUAGCAGUGGUUGGGUACCACUUCUUAUUGCCUUGAUGUAUGAGUAUAAUAAUCCUACCUCACAUUGGCGACCAUACCUAGACCUGGUACCAGAUUUCAAGGAGCUUGAUUUACCCAUGUUCUGGCCAAGUGCAGAAAGAAAGGAUCUGUUAGAAGGUACAGGGGUAGAUGAGGCUGUUACCAAGGAUCUAACAAAUAUAGAAAAGGAAUUCAAAGAUGUUGUUCUUCCAUUUGUUAGAAAACAUAAAAAUAAAUUCAGUCAAGUUUGUGAGGAUUUGGAAUUUUACAAAAAGAUGGUGGCAUUUGUGAUGGCAUACAGCUUCACUGAGCAUGCUCAACAGGAAGAGGAUGAUGAUGAGGAAGAAGAGGAUUCUGGGAAUCCCCCACCUAUGAUGGUUCCUAUGGCAGACAUUUUGAAUCACAUAGCAAAAAAUAACGCCCACCUUAACUUUGAGAAGGAGGCAUUAAAGAUGGUUGCUGUAAAAGAUAUCAAAAAGGGGGAGGAAGUAUAUAAUACAUAUGGAGAACUGGCAAACUUACACCUUCUACACAUGUAUGGUUUUGCUGAGGAGUAUCCAAACAACCACUGGGAUAGUGUAACAGUGUUAGUGACAGAUAUAAUAGAGGCUUCAAAACAGUUAAAAUUUAAUACAGCAGACCUCUUGAAGAAGAAAACUGAUCUGAUCAAUGAUAUGUUUGGAAAUGAUGCAAAUGUUGUAGUAGGUGUGGAUGGUGUUUUAGAAGAGCAGGAAAUGAAGACUUUAUUAAAGAUUUGUUGUGAAGAAUCAGAAGAUGCUUUAGAAGAAUUGACAGAUGAUGGCUGGGAAAGUGAUGAUGAGGAUAUUUCACUAGAGUUUAAAUGUUUCAACAGCCUUCCAGAUAAUUGGAAAAGUGUUCUUCAAAAGUGCUCAGAACUAAGUCUACAGAAAUACAGUACAACACUGACAGAGGAUGAAGAAAAGUUAAAGUCACCUUUACUAUCAACAAGACAAAAAUAUUCAUUAUAUACUGCUUAUGGACAGAAACAAAUCUUACAAAAAUUGAUAGAUUCUUGUGGAUGAUUGUCCACAUAAAAUAAAAAGAAAAAAAUUGAAUAAAAAAGUUUA